CAUGUCUCCUACCCGCAGUCAACAAACCACCACUCCACCAACUUCAGAUCCCUCGGGAGGCUUACCGAUCGGGACUGCCACCAUCACAGAAUCAGAUGGUGGUACCCCGGACUUGCAGACAGAAAAAGGGAGACUAUCAGAGACAGUCGUUCGCCUACAAAAACAGGGGUGGGCUAAUUCCACGUCAGAAACUUACUCCACGCAUUAUAAAACAUAUAGAACUUUUUGUGAUGUGUAUAAGGUUGAAAGUGUACCGGCUGACACUACCACUAUUGAACACUAUAUAGCAUAUUUAGUAGAUGUCAAACACUUGAAGUUUAACAGUGUAAAAUGUUAUCUAAACAUUGUAUCAAUUUUGCACAAAUCUGCAGGGUUGCCUGACCCUAUUGCAUCAUCUUGGGCUGUACAACACCUCCUAAAAGGUGUAAAGCGUGAACUUGGUACCGCCCAGUCUUGUAAAACUGCUUUAUCACCACAUGUACUUUUAAAAAUGCAUAAUGCUUUGGAUUUUUCAUACCAAAACAAUCGUGUUUUUUGGGCAGCCUGCUUAACAGGUUUUUUUGGGUUUUUACGACCAAACAAUUUUUUGGUUAAGGGUGCCUUUAACCCUUCUGUUCAUGUUCAAUACAUUGAUUUGUUACAAUACCCUUGGGGUUUUUUGCUUUCGCUAAAACUUGUAAAAACUCUCCAGUUUAGGCAACACCCUAUAGAUAUUGUUUUACCUAAGCUAGAUUCCCACCCUCUCUGUCCUUGUCGGGCUAUUCGUAAUGCCCUUGUGUCGGGCCAGGACCCCCUCGGCCCCCUUUUUGUGUUAUCAUCAGGUUCCUGUCUCACAUACUCAGUAUUUCUAAGAGCUUUGCGUGUUGUAUUGAGUGAUAUUGGUUUUGACCAGUCUUCCUUUGGGGGGCAUUCGUUCCGCCGGGGAGCUGCUACAUAGGCUCAUUCGGCUGGUUUGGAGGGUUCCCAAAUCCAAUUAUUGGGAUAUUGGGCUAGUGAUUGUUUUAAACGAUAUGUUGACCACACAAAUGAUGACAAGCAUGCUGCUCUACAAGCUUUU